AUGAGAAGAAACCAAAAGCUAUUUAUCCAACCAAAGAGAAGAAACCAACAGCAAUAUCCAACCAAUGAGAAGAAAUCAAAAGCUAUUUAUCCAACCAAUGAGAAGAAACCAACAGCAAUAUAUUCAACCAAUGAGAAGAAACCAACAGCAAUAUAUUCAACAAAUAAGAAGAAACCAACAGCAAUAUAUCCAACCAAUGAGAAGAAAGCAACAACAAUAUAUCCAACCAAUGAGAAGAAACCAACAGCAAUAUGUCCAACCAAUAAGAAGAAACCAACAGCAAUAUAUCCAACCAAUGAGAAGAAACCAACAGCAAUACAUCCAACCAAUGAGAAGAAACCAACAGCAAUAUAUCCAACGCGCAAUGAGAAGAAACCAACAGCAAUAUAUCCGACCAAUAAGAAGAAACCAACAGCAAUAUAUCCGACCAAUGAGAAGAAACCAACAGCAAUAUAUUCAACCAAUGAGAAGAAACCAACAGCAAUAUAUUCAACCAAUGAGAAGAAACCAACAGCAAUAUAUCCAACCAAUAAGAAGAAGUUCAAUAAGGUUGUUUGA